AUGACCGAACAGGUAUCGAAUCCAUCUUCCAAACGCGUCAUUCUGGCGGGGCUGAUCGGCAACGUGGUGGAGUGGUACGACUUCGGUCUCUAUGGAUACUUUGCGACCGUCAUUGGGGCACGUUUCUUCCCAUCGGAGGAUCCCUCCCUCUCGUUACUCGCAGCAUUCGGAGCAUUUGCUGCGGGUGUUCUCAUGCGGCCGGUGGGGGGGCUGCUGUUCGGCCGAAUCGGUGAUCUGACGGGAAGGCAGCGGGCAAUGGUUCUGUCGGUGGUUGCGAUGGCCCUGCCGACCGUGUUGUUUGGACUGUUGCCGACGUACGCCUCCGUAGGAAUUCUCGCGCCGGUGCUUGUGGUUCUGCUACGAAUCGUUCAAGGGCUCUCUGUGGGAGGAGAAUACACCAACUCAUUGGUUUUCCUGGCAGAGCAAGCGCCGCCCGAGCGUCGAGCGAGAACCGCAAUCUGGAGCAACUGGGGGGCACUGGCGGGAAUCAUGCUUGGCUCUGCUGUGGGCGCCUUAAUUUCGAACGUGCUAACCGCAGAGCAACUAUCGAGCUGGGGCUGGCGGGUGCCGUUUCUGCUGGGUGCGUUCGUAGCGGCAGGAGGAUACCUGCUGCGUCAUCGGCUGCAGGCUCCUGUACGAACAAGCGAGAGCCCCCGUCCUGUUCGCGAUACACUGGCGGUUUACUACAAGCCGGUGGCGAUCGUCACGUUAUUGAAUGUUGGCCUGGGUGUCAGCUUCCAUACCGCGUUUGUAUAUGCUUCGUCGUUUGUGCAGUCGCUCGAUCACGAGUCUGCAAGAACCGCGUUGAACUUGAACACGGCCGCCAUGGCGAUGCUGUUAGUGGUGCUGCCCACUGCGGCCUGGCUCUCCGACCGUUUUGGGCGAAAGCCUUUGCUGAUUUCCGGAAGCGCGUUGAUGACGUUCGGCGGCGUUGUGUUCUUUUUGCUCAUUGACACUUCAAACCAAGCAGCGAUUCUUGCGGGGCUGUGUGGAUUCUCCGUGGCGAUUGGUGUCUUCUCCGGAGGAUUGGCCGGAGCGAAUGUUGAACUAGUGCCCUCGCCGGUGCGAUGCACGGGAUUGGCUUUUGCAUACAACGUGGCGACCGGCUGCUUGGGUGGCACCACUCCCCUGCUCGCCGCGUGGCUGGUUGCGACCACUGGGAUUCCGAUUUCGCCCGGCUGCUGGGUGAGUGCGAUGGGGGCCGUCUCGCUGGUAACGGCCAUAUUCUUGGUGCGAGAAACCAGGAGAAGUGACAUGGCCUCUCGGAUCUCAAUGUUGGCGUUAAUUGUGGUCGCGGUAACUUGCGCCACGUGUCGGGCCGAUUCGCUGGAGCAAACGCUGCUCGCCAAGGAGAAAGCCUUCAUCGAUGCGAUUCAGGCCAAGGAUGCGGAGAAGCUGAAAUCGAUGCUGGCUCCGGGGGCCUACACCGUGGUUCCGGAGUUGGGGCGUCAGCGUGGCGAACAGAUUCUCGAUCGGUUGGCCAGCACAAACCUCGAAAAGUACAGCAUCAGCGACGUGAAAGUAAUUGAAGUGACGGACGAAGUCGGGAUUCUGAGCUUCAAGUACAGCUGGAGUGGUAAUCCAGGAAAGAAGGGAGAGGAAGUCGGUACGUUCUACUCUUCCUCGACCUGGGUGCGUCGCGACGGCGAGUGGAAAGUGAUCUUCUACCAGCAGACGCCUUGGUCGGAGUAG